UCUCUCUCUUAUUUACUUUUCUCACUAUUCCAACUUCCAAGACCCCCCUCUCCCAAAUCAUAUCUGUCACUUAUUAUAAGUACCAAAAUAAUACACUUUCACAUUCAUUCAUUCAUUCACCAUCAUCAAGAAAAAAAUGGGUCGAUCACCAUGUUGCGACAAAGUUGGUUUGAAGAAAGGUCCAUGGACGCCUGAAGAAGAUCAAAGCCUCCUUGCUUACAUCGAAGAACAUGGCCAUGGAAGUUGGCGUGCCUUACCUUCUAAAGCCGGACUCCAAAGAUGCGGAAAAAGCUGUAGACUAAGAUGGACUAACUAUCUUAGGCCUGAUAUUAAGAGAGGAAAAUUCACCUUACAAGAAGAACAAACAAUUAUCCAACUCCAUGCUCUCUUGGGAAACAGAUGGUCGGCUAUAGCGACGCAUUUGCCAAAAAGAACAGAUAAUGAAAUUAAGAAUUACUGGAACACACAUUUAAAGAAGAGGCUUACUAAAAUGGGUAUUGAUCCAAUUACCCAUAAACCUAAAGAUGAUGCUCUUUCUAAUUCAAAUCACGGUCAAGCCAAAACCGCUGCUAAUCUUAGUCAUAUGGCUCAAUGGGAAAGUGCCCGUCUUGAAGCAGAGGCUAGAUUAGCUCGACAAUCCAAGCUUCGUAUGUCAAACUUAUUCAACAACCACCAGUUAGGUUCGCCGGCGGCGUCGGAGUUAUCCUCCACCACCACUGCUCCUCCUGCUCCCCGGUGCCUUGACAUAUUGAGAGAAGAUGGAGGAGAAGGAGGAGAAGAUGAUUGGAAAGGUCUAGCAGGUGAAUGGGUGUCGGAAUCGAAUGAACAAGGGGGGAUGGUGGAAGGUACUUUUAUGGAGACAUUUACCGACCUGUUACUUAAUAAUUCCGGUGAUCGGAGCUUUUCCGAUGGCUGCGGCGGCGGGGCUAAUGUUGUUGGUUCUAAGGGUGGUGGAGAUUGUUGUGAUGAUAACAAGAAUUAUUGGAACAGUAUUCUCAAUUUGGUCAAUUCUUCUCCUACUAAUUCUCCUAUGUUUUAGAAAUAUUAUUAUAUCUAUUAAAUUCAAAAUAAAAUUAUUGCACUAAUUUGCUUCCAAUUAUUCAUGUAAUUUUGAUUUAUUUCUUAUAUUAUAUUAAUAGUUAAACAAUAGUUUAUAAAUGACAAGAUAUUGAAUUAUGAAGUUUA